AGGCUCACGCUGCUCCAAUCAUUUCCAUCUGGACACAUCCUCAGAGCGCACAGCGGAACACGGUCGAUCAUUGACCAUCAAUCUUUUGCCUUGCUUCUGUGUAGCUGAGGAUCCCCCCUCCCCAGAUGUAGAGGGACUGAUAUCUGAGGCGCUGUGUACAUAAAAGUUUCCUGUGCUGUCUGGUGUUAUUGGCCACAAUGCGCGAGUACAAGUUGGUGGUUCUGGGAUCUGGAGGAGUUGGCAAAUCUGCACUGACAGUCCAGUUUGUGCAAGGCAUUUUUGUGGAGAAAUAUGACCCCACAAUAGAAGACUCCUACAGAAAGCAAGUUGAGGUAGAUGGACAACAGUGUAUGCUUGAAAUCUUGGACACUGCUGGAACCGAGCAGUUCACAGCAAUGAGGGACCUGUACAUGAAGAAUGGCCAAGGCUUCGCUCUGGUCUACUCCAUCACAGCACAGUCAACAUUCAAUGACCUCCAGGACCUACGGGAACAGAUUCUGCGAGUAAAAGAUACAGAGGAUGUUCCGAUGAUCCUGGUUGGAAACAAGUGUGACCUGGAGGACGAGCGUGUCGUAGGGAAGGAGCAGGGGCAAAAUUUGGCCCGUCAGUGGAGCAACUGUGCCUUUUUAGAGACUUCAGCCAAAUCAAAGAUCAAUGUAAAUGAGAUUUUCUACGACCUGGUGCGGCAGAUCAACAGAAAAACGCCGAUGGAAAAGAAAACAAAAAGAAGUCAAAUUGCACAUUGCUCUAAACUCCCUUUAGGACAGAACUAUUUCCCAGUGGACUGUGCCAGUGUAUGCUCUCCAGAACAUAUUUGAAAAGGCUGACCGAAAAACCACUUGCUCGAGGCAGGAGAGGGCACAUAACUUCUGUUUUUUUAACUGCAAAGAAAUUCUCUCCCACUUUUUGUAUUGUCGGCCUUUGACAAAUGUAUUCCUUCCUCUCCGACGUGUCUUGCUUUUUUGGGAAAUUUAUGUAAAAAAACUAAAAAAAGAGACCGUGAAUUCAAAAUCUUCUACUCAAGCGUUUUAUUAACUUUGGUAAUUGUGAAUUUACAAAAGAAUACCAUGUGAAACUGUUGGCCUUGUCAUACAUUACUGCACUAACUGUGUCAGAGAUGCAUCAAUACUAGUCCAUAUGUUACUACUUUAUAAAGAUGCAUUUGACAGCAUCUUUCUUAAGUGACUUUGUUUUAUAUUCAGAGCUGCAACCCUCCCAUAUCCCAAUAAUAUAUUAUUCUACUUCCAUUUUUGCAUAAUAAAGCGAAGACAAAUUAGUAUUUUAUAGACUGAGGGGGUGUGCUGUUUGGUGGUUGUCUUGAGCUUAAAUAUAUUGUACUAAACCAAUUCUAAUAUUGCUUCUUGUGUUACCCUGUCACAGAUGAUUUUCCAACUUUUAUGAAUGAUUAAAUUUUAGUACAUUUUCA